GCCUCUAGCCAGUCCCGCCGGUCCGUGACUGACCAACCCCAGACACUCCCCGAAAUGCCAGUCGACUUCACCGGGUACUGGAAGAUGCUGGCCAACGACAAUUUCGAGGAGUACCUGCGUGCGCUCGAUGUCAAUGUGGCCUUGCGCAAAAUCGCCAACUUACUCAAGCCAGACAAAGAGAUCGUGCAGGAGGGCGACCACAUGAUCAUCCGCACGCUGAGCACUUUUCGGAACUACAUCAUGGACUUCGAGGUGGGCAAGGAGUUCGAGGAGGAUCUGACGGGCAUCGAUGAUCGCAAGUGCAUGACCACGGUGAGCUGGGACGGGGACAAGCUCCAGUGUGUGCAGAAGGGCGAGAAGGAGGGACGCGGCUGGACCCAGUGGAUCGAGGGGGAUGAGCUGCACCUGGAGAUGAGAGUGCAGGGUGUGGUCUGCAAACAAGUGUUCAAGAAGGUGCACUGAGCCCCGGCCAGAUGACCUCUGUCUCAAGAAACGAGUGGUAUGGACGUGGGAGCCAGGAUCCCCCCUGCUUGCACACAGGUCGGAAGUGUGCAGCCACCCCAGGCCUCUGCUAUAGAGUCUGCCUCUUGGCUUUGUCUCUUUUUCUCUUCUUAAAGCAAAGCCAUCUCAAUAAAGUGAUCUCUGCUCAAGA